AAUACCCAGUUUCAAAUUUAAAAGAUUCUGCUUCAAAUUCCCACCCUUCAAUUUCCAUAAUCUCAUCCUCAUCCAUGCUUUUUUGUCUUUAUUAUUGAAUUAUCAUCAGUUUUCUACUACACCUAUUUUAUCACCACAAUCUUUUCUCUCCUUCAGUUAUAUCCCCAAUCAUUUCUUUUGGGGUGCACUGACUAGUUACUACCCAGAGAACUUCAAGAAUUCUAAAAAGUUCAAGGAUUUUGUAGGGCACCACUAUCCUUUUAAUUGAGAUGGAGGUCACCAAUGUCAACGAGUAUGAAGCCAUCGCGAAGCAGAAACUGCCCAAGAUGGCGUAUGACUACUAUGCAUCUGGUGCAGAGGACCAGUGGACUUUGGCUGAGAACAGAAAUGCUUUCUCCAGGAUCCUGUUUCGCCCACGAAUUCUUAUUGAUGUAACCAACAUUGACAUGACUACAACUGUCUUGGGUUUUAAGAUCUCAAUGCCUAUCAUGAUUGCCCCAACUGCCUUUCAAAAGAUGGCGCACCCUGAAGGAGAGUAUGCAACGGCCAGAGCAGCAUCAGCAGCUGGAACCAUCAUGACACUGUCUUCCUGGGCUACAUCAAGUGUGGAAGAGGUUGCUUCAACUGGCCCAGGCAUCCGGUUUUUCCAGCUUUACGUAUAUAAGGACAGGAAUGUAGUUGCUCAACUUGUGAGAAGAGCUGAAAAGGCCGGCUUUAAGGCUAUUGCCCUUACUGUUGACACUCCCCGAUUGGGACGUAGAGAAGCUGAUAUCAAGAACAGGUUUGUUCUACCACCUUUUCUAACAUUGAAGAAUUUUGAGGGUCUUAACCUUGGCAAGAUGGACCAAGCAAAUGACUCUGGCCUUGCUUCAUAUGUUGCUGGUCAGAUUGAUCGAUCCCUGAGCUGGAAGGACGUGAAGUGGCUUCAGACAAUCACCAGCCUCCCCAUCCUUGUGAAGGGUGUGAUUACUGCUGAGGAUGCAAGACUCGCCGUCCAACAUGGGGCAGCUGGAAUUAUUGUAUCCAACCAUGGAGCUCGCCAGCUUGAUUAUGUUCCUGCUACUAUAAUGGCUCUUGAAGAGGUUGUCACAGCAGUGCAAGGUCGUCUUCCUGUGUUCUUGGAUGGUGGUGUCCGUCGUGGAACCGACGUUUUUAAAGCAUUGGCCCUCGGUGCAGCUGGUGUAUUUAUUGGAAGGCCAGUGGUGUUUUCCCUUGCUGCAGAAGGAGAGGCUGGUGUUAGAAAGGUUCUGCAGAUGAUGCGUGAGGAGUUCGAGUUAACCAUGGCACUGAGCGGUUGUCGUUCGAUCAGUGAAAUCAAGCGUGAUCAUAUUGUUGCCGACUGGGAUGCUCCUCGCUCUUCUCGCGCGGUGGCCAGAUUAUAAGUAUACUGUGCACAAAUAAUGGAAGCUAUAAUUUGAGCAACGGAAAUGAAAUAGUGUAUUAUCAAGUUUUUUUUUUUACUUAAAAGUGCUUCUUUUUCGUUGAAGAACUUUCAGUUUUGAAUUGCGAUACUCAUUGGAUGCUUAUGUAUUGUUUGAAUGGCUACUCUGCCUUCAUUGUAUAUUCUUCGUAUUUUCCCUUUUAAAUAAUAACUCAUAUAUAUGUAUCUGCUUA